AUGUCUGUAGACAAAGCUACAGAGUAUGGGCGUCUAUGGCGUAAACGGCCGCUGGUCCAGUGUUCAGCAGAGAUGAACUCUAACUCUGACUCUGAUACACAACCCACAGGUGAAACCCUAGCUGGGCCCGCGAAAGGGGCGGGUCACAAGAGCAAAAGGGGUAAAGGUCGUUCAAGAACCUCUAGCCUGACUCAAGUCAGAAGAAAGUAUGUGGCGGCUAAAGAAAAGAAUCUACACCUCACCUCAGAAGAGGAAGUGCUAGAAACGAGCAGAACAGUAGCUCAGAUGUGGGAAGCACAUCGCUCUUUGGCGAAACCGCAAUCUGGAGUGGAUGUUGUGGAUGAUGAAGGAGACUAUGGAGUCCCUGAAGGGUAUCGUAGAUGGCUAUCUCGACGUUAUCACUAG